AUAGACAGUUUACCCUCUGGUCCAGCCUUAUCUUCUGAGAGCAGUCCCCUGAGAGACAGCAUCAGGAAGGGGAGCAGGAUCUGGGACUAGACCAGGAGAAGUGACACGCCGUCAGUGGCAUCUGCGGUCCAGAGAUUGAGGAUGUCUGAGGACAAGUCCUGCGACUUGGAGUGCGCCAUCUGCUUCAGCAACUACAACAAUGUCUUCAGAGCUCCCAAGGUGUUGGACUGCGGCCACACCUUCUGCCUGGAGUGCCUGGCCCGGAUGAACAUGAAGUCCCACGUGGCUGAGGCCAUUCAGUGCCCCAUGUGCCGUGACCUGACGCUGGUCCCCAAGGACGGGCUGCCCAGGCUGGGAAACGACCCGAACAUCGUGUCCUGCCUCCCGGAGGCGAUGCAACGAAUACACAGCAUCCGCUUCAGCCGGAACAAAGGCAAGCUCUUCGUGAAGAAGGGGCAAAGCUCCCAGAAGAAGGUGGAGAAGAAGAACGUCAAGGCGUUCUUUGUGAGGACGGUAAGCCAGAGCCUGGACGUGGGCCACCCAGCUGAAGCAGGCGGGCAGAGGCAGCAUGGCCACAGCUGCUGGUAUUGGUCUCACAACAAGUGGUUCUGCAUCGUCACCAUCAUCGUCAUUCUAGUCUCUGUGGGGCUCCUCAUCAGUUCCGUCUGGUUGUUCAGGGACCAUUAGUCA